GUCCGUGUCGUUCCCCGAUGGCUGAGUUCCCAAACGUUGGAAACCACUGUUCAUUUGAAACAUGUAAACAACUAGAUUUUCUGUCGUUUGUUUGUGACAGUUGUACAAAAACAUUUUGUUUAGACCACAAGUUUCCUGACAAACAUUCCUGCAGUUUAGAAUUUGCAACAUCUACAAAUACGAAAUAUGAAGGUGUUAAAAGUUAUGAUUGUGUUUAUGAUAACUGUGACAAAAGGGAGCUAAUGCCAGUUGUAUGUGAGAAAUGUCAUCUCAAUUUCUGUUUAAGCCACAGACAUCCCCAGGAACACAAAUGUACAAAGUUAGAAGUAAAGGAAGAAAAAUGUCAAACAGCUUUGCAUGUACAAAAAAUUCUUGAAUCAAAACCAUCAAAGCAAGAUGGUAAAAAACCAAAGAAAGCUAGUAAAACUGCUGCUAAAGUAGCUCUUAUGAAAAUGAAAAUGAAAGCUACCGGAGAGAAGGGCAUUCCAGAACAAGAAAAAGUUUAUAUGUUAAUAUAUCUACCUAAAGCACUGUCACUGGCUGCUAAACCUUUGUACUUUUCAAAGACAUGGAGUUUUGGUAGAUGUAUAGAUUUUGUUGCCAGUUCUGUUCAGAUGAAAAAUGAAAAUAAUACAGGAAGUGAAAAGAAAUUAAGAUUAUUUAACCAUGAGAGUGGACAAUUGUUACCAAUAGAGAAAACAUUGGACUCAUUGUUAAGUGAGGAAGUUAUAUUUAGUGGAUCAUCUGUGAUACUAGAAUAUGUUACCACCGACUGUUGUCAGUUAGAGAAUACAGAGGAUUAUAAAACAUGAUACAGUUCACAGUUUAUGACCUUAAUUUUAUAAAUAGGGGGAAUAAAUUGUAUAUCCUGCAGUCCGUCGUCAUGAAACAGUGUCAAGAUGAAAGCAGAUUUAUUGUCUAUUUGAGUUGUAGACAUACCAUUGUAGAAUAAAAUCUGACAACAUUAAAAAA